AUGCAGGCCUCCACGGGAAUGUUGACCAAGUUCGAGUCCAAGUCGUCGAGGGCCAAGGGCAUCGCCUUCCACCCUGUCCGGCCAUGGAUUCUCGUGUCUCUUCACUCCUCCACCAUCCAGCUGUGGGAUUAUCGCAUGGGCACCCUCAUUGACCGAUUCGAAGACCAUGACGGGCCCGUCCGAGGUAUCGACUUCCACCGAACCCAGCCACUCUUCGUCUCAGGAGGCGACGACUACAAGAUCAAGGUCUGGUCCUACCAGUCCAGGCGAUGUCUUUUCACCUUAAACGGUCAUCUCGACUACGUGCGCACCGUUUUCUUCCACCACGAGCUGCCAUGGAUCAUCUCGGCAUCAGACGACCAGACCAUCAGAAUAUGGAACUGGCAGAACCGUUCACAGAUCUGCACCAUGACGGGUCACAACCACUAUGUCAUGUGUGCCCAAUUCCACCCCAAAGAUGACCUGGUUGUGUCCGCUUCGUUGGACCAGUCGGUCCGCGUUUGGGAUAUUUCAGGCCUGCGCAAGAAACACUCCGCCCCGACCUCCAUGUCGACCUACGACGACCGUAUGUCCCAAUCGAACGCACAACAGACGGACAUGUUUGGUAAUACCGAUGCCAUGGUGAAGUUCGUGCUCGAGGGACACGACCGCGGCGUCAAUUGGGUUGCCUUCCACCCUACCGCUCCCCACAUUGUGUCGGCUGGUGACGACCGACUGGUGAAGCUUUGGCGCUUCAGCGAGACCAAGGCCUGGGAGGUUGACACGUGUAGAGGGCAUUUCCAGAAUUCAUCUGGCUGUUUGUUCCACCCGCACCAGGACUUGAUUCUGUCGUGCGGCGAAGAUAAGACGAUACGCGUGUGGGAUUCGCUCAAGCGAACGGCUGUCCAGUCCUUUAAGAGGGAGAACGACCGCUUCUGGGUCAUUGCUGCUCACCCUACCAUCAACCUGUUCGCCGCCGGCCACGACAACGGUGUCAUGGUUUUCAAGCUUGAGCGAGAGCGCCCCGCGUCGACCGUCUACCAGAACUCGCUAUUCUUCAUCACCAAAGAGAAGCAUGUACGCUCGUUUGAUUUCCAGAAAAAUGCAGAGAGUCCGACUUUACUGUCCUUGAAGAGGCUCGGUAGUGCCUGGGUCCCUCCAAGAACACUAUCAUACAACCCUGCUGAGCGAUCUGUUCUUGUGACUUCUCCGGCCGAAGGGGGCUCGUAUGAGCUGAUCAGCCUACCCCGCGACGGCUCAGGUGCUCUGGAGGCAGCGGACUCAAAGCGAGGACAGGGCAACUCGGCCAUCUUCGUCGCGCGGAAUCGAUUUGCUGUUUUGAAUACCGCAACUCAGACUAUCGACAUCAAGGAUCUCUCGAAUAACACUGCCCGUUCUUUCAAGCCACCCGUCGGUACCAGUGAUAUCUACUUUGGUGGUACCGGAAACUUGCUUGUCAUUACACCCACGGCAGUCCACUUGUACGACAUCCAACAGAAGAAGAGCAUCGCGGAGCUUGCCGUCAACGGUGUCAAGUAUGUUAUAUGGUCUAACGAUGGUCUGCACGCUGCGCUGUUGAGCAAGCACAAUGUUACUAUUGUUACCAAGACUCUGGAGCAAGUCAGCACCCUCCACGAGACCAUCAGAAUCAAGAGCGCAGCCUGGGAUGAUGCUGGUGUCCUCGUCUACUCCACCCUCAACCACAUCAAAUAUACCCUCAUGAACGGCGACAAUGGCAUUAUCAUGUCGUUGGAUCAAACUGUUUAUCUUGUCCGGAUCAAAGGUCGGAGCGUAUUCUGCCUAGACCGCAACUCGAAGCCCAAGGUGAUCAACAUUGACCCGACUGAGUACCGCUUCAAGCUUUCUCUGGUCAAACGCGACUACCAAGAAAUGCUCCACAUUAUCAAGACGUCUAGCUUGGUUGGGCAGUCCAUCAUUUCCUACCUUCAGAAGAAAGGAUACCCGGAGAUCGCAUUGCAAUUCGUCCAAGACCCCGCAACCCGGUUUGAACUUGCCAUUGAAUGUGGAAACCUUGACGUGGCCUUCGAGACGGCUAAGCAGCUCGAUCGACCUAAACUUUGGACAAGACUUGGAACGGAAGCUCUGUCGCACGGAAACCAUAAGAUCGUCGAGACGGUGUAUCAGAAGCUGAAGCAAUUCGACAAGUUGACGUUCCUAUACCUACUCACUGGUGACCACAGCAAACUGGCGAGAAUGGCCAAGAUUGCUGAGCACCGAGGGGAUUCUCUGGCAAGAUUUCAAAGCUCGCUUUUCCUCGGCGAUCUUGAGGACAGGAUACAGAUGUUCAAAGAUGCAGACCAAUUUCCUCUUGCCUAUAUGCUAGCCAAGGCCAAUGGUCUCGAGGAUGAGUGCCAAUCUAUCCUUGAUGGCAUUGGCAUCUCAGAAGAUCAAUUAGCUUUACCGACCCUGGGUGAGCCUUUGUCGCAGCCAAGACCCGUGGUGGAGACGUUCAAGGCCAAUUGGCCGACAAAGGCUACGUCGCAGUCCUUCUUUGAGAAGGCCCUCGCUGGUCAACUUGAGGGUUUAAGCUUGGAUGACGAGCCGACAGCCGCCACGAAUGGACUAGAUGAUGCUGCCGAUGAUGAUGGUCUUACUAAGAACGGUGCACUUGAGGCGGAUGACGAUGAAGAUGCGGCUGGAUGGGACAUGGGCGACGAUAUCGUUCCGGAAACCGACAAUGACUUCGUCAACAUUGAAAGCACAGAUGCCGCGGGCGCCGGUAGUAGUGAGGCUGACUUGUGGGCUCGCAACUCGCCUCUGGCGGCAGACCAUGUCGCUGCUGGGUCCUUCGAGUCUGCCAUGAAUGUUCUCAACAGGCAAGUCGGUGCUGUCAAUUUUGCACCCCUGAAGGACCGCUUCUUAGAGAUAUACGAAGCAUCAAAGACAUACCUUUCUGCGUCGCCCGGGCUACCGCCGUUGGUCAACUAUGUGCGUCGGACAGUCGACGAGACAGAUCCACGAAAAGCUCUCCCAAUUAUACCACGCGACUUGGAGUAUCUUGCCUCCAACGACCUGCAACGGGGUUACGAUACCAUGAAGGCGAACAAGCUGGAGGAUGGCAUUCAAAUCUUCAAGGGUAUCCUGCGUGCCGUGUUAGUCAAUGCGGUGGCGUCAGAGAGCGAAGUAGCAGAGGCUAAAAAACUUAUCACAUCCGCUGGCGAGUAUGCGGUGGCAAUGUCCAUUGAGCUUUCGCGGCGGCGACUGGGCUCGCCUGAGCAGCUGGGCGCCACACCCGAGCUUCAAAAGCGGAGCCUGGAAUUGUCGGCGUAUUUCACCAUUCCGAAGAUCGAGGUACCACAUCGUCAACUUGCCCUGCUGAAUGCCAUGAAUCUGGCAUACAAAAGCAAGAACUACAGCUCAGCGCUCAGCUUUGCCAAUCGCAUCCUGGCCAACGGGGGUGCGAACCGAAUCCUUGAAACUGCCAAGAAAAUCAAGGCGCAGAGUGAACGCAAUCCGCACGACGCGUUUGAAAUUGAAUACGACCCAUUCGCAGAGUUCGAGAUCUGUGCUGCAUCCCACACACCUAUUUACAGCGGUACGGCGUAUGAGGAGUGUGCCUUUGAUGGAUCCAAGUACCACUCCAAGUACAAGGGGACUGUGUGUACCGUGUGUGACGUUUGCGAGGUGGGAAAGCGUGGUAGUGGACUGAAGCUCUACGACUGA